GUAAACGUAUAAGAAGAGCACAUGUAGAUAACGUGUUGAGAAUCUCCGACAUAAUUAAGUCUGAAGCUAAAAAAAUGUUCAAAAAUUACGUUAAGUCGUUAACAAUUGUGGGGUUGGUUCUUUUUAUGAUUGUUAGUGAAGUUCAGUCAGGGGUUAUAAUUGAUGGUAUAAAAAAAGCUAUAGCCAACACAAGAUGUCAUCUCCACGGUACAACAAACUCGAUACAUCAUCACGAACACGGCAGCGAUCCCUGUGAUGUGAAAAGAAAUCAGGUUGGACCUAGUCAGCAAGAGAUCUCCAGAAACAGAAAUAAUGAAGCAUCUUCAACAGUGAGAAGUCUUAUACUCCAUGGUGGGAGUCAAACCAACAAAAACGCGUCUACCAACAACGCGGAUUCUAGAAGACUGAUAAACACUGGCGCCAACUGUCCAGAGGGCCACAGAGCGGAUGCAAAGGGAAACUGUUACCUGAUUUAUUAAGCAACAGAAUAAUGUUUUUGUCAAAAACAGUCUACUCCAUAAGUGUAGUGCAUGCUGUAUUUGAAUUUUUAUUAAGGAGUCACAAUAAAACAAUGUUUUCGUGA